AUGAGUCAUAAUGGAGAUCGUUUUACAGAUAUCGAACUGGAAAAUAAACGCUUGCCAGCAUGUUAUGGUUAUCUUAAUUAUAAAUUAUUAUCUCUUACAGAAGCGAUGAAUGAAUUACAAAAUUUUCUGAACGAUAUAAAUCGUUUUGUUAAAUUAGCUAAAAGACAUUGUACAUAUCCAAAUGAUCAUAAUUUAACAAAAGAUGAAUCUGCUGCAAUUUAUAUUUAUACUAUGGAACUGUCUGAUGAUUCAAGUGUUUAUCGUAUUUUAAAUCAAACACUUCGUGCAGAAGAUCGAACAAAAGUUCGUCCAUGGUUUGGAUAUUUAAGACUUUUAGAUUCUGCAACAUCAAAAUUACCUACAUUCAAAGGAAUUAUUUGGCGUGGUAUUGAUAAAAAUGUUACUAUGAAAUUUAAAAAAGGUCAAAGAAUUACUUGGUGGAGUAUAAGUUCAUGUUCAACAUCUAUUGAUGUUAUUUCUUCAUUUAUUAGCAAAUCUUCUUCAAGUACAUUAUUUCAUAUCGAAUGUUUAAAUGGAAAAUCUGUUUCAUCAUUUACAUGUUAUCCAAAUGAAAACGAAGUUAUUUUAAUGCCUGGAACAGUAUUUGAAGUUGUAUCUAAUCCAUUAAGUCAUCAUGGCGGAUUAAACAUUAUUCAUUUAAAAGAAAUUAGUGAUGAUGAUGAAGAAGAAGAAGAAGAAUCACCUAGACCAUCAAAGCCAAAUCCUUAUAAGCCAAGUCAUUCUGCAAUUAGCACAGCGACUAUAUCAAGCAAUCCAGUAACAACACAUCAAAUAACAAUUCAAUCUCAAAUAAAACCACAACCAAUUCAACCAAAGAAGAAUAAAUUUCAACAGUUUGGAAUUACUGUUGCUGGAGGAAAUGGACCCGGACAGGAAUUAAAUCAACUCUAUCAUCCUUGGGGGAUCUUUAUCGAUAAUGAUAAAUCAAUUUAUAUUGCUGAUUCUUCGAAUGAUCGUAUUGUUAAAUGGAAACUGAAUUCAAAUGAAGGUCAAAUCAUUGCAGAUGGAUUGAAUGAUCCAAGAGAUAUAAUUUUUGAUAAAGAACAUAAUUCUUUUAUUAUUGCUGAUUAUAGAAACAAACGGGUAAUUCGAUAUUUUGAUCAAAAUCAAACAAAUCCACAAAUUAUUAUUUCACAUACUAAUUGUUUUGGUCUGACAAUGGAUAAAAAUGGAUCUAUUUAUGUUUCUGAUUGUGAAAAUCAUGAAGUAAGACGAUGGAAACAAGGAGAUACAAAAGGUGAAUUAGUUGCAGGUGGAAAUGGUAAAGGAAAUCAUCUUAAUCAGCUUUAUCAACCUACUUAUAUCUUUAUUGAUGACGAUUAUUCUCUUUAUGUAUCAGAUUAUUUCAAUCAUCGUGUAAUGGAAUGGAAAAAAGAUGCAAAAGAAGGAAUUAUUGUUGCUGGUGGAAAUGGUCAAGGAAACAGUCUCAAACAAUUGUGUUAUCCUCGAGGAGUGAUUGUUGAUCAUUUGGGUCAAAUCUAUGUGGCAGAUUCUCAUAAUAAUCGAGUAAUGCGUUGGUGUGAGGGAGAUGAAGAAGGUGAAAUUGUUGUUGAUGGAAAUGGUCACGGAAUUCAAUCAAAUCAAUGGGGUUUUCCCACAGGUUUAUCAUUUGAUAAUGAAGAAAAUCUUUAUGUUGCUGAUUAUAGAAAUCAUCGAGUUCAAAAAUAUGAAAAACUUUGA